AUGGAUGAAGAAAAACGUAUGCAAGUUCCCAUAAUUCCUCUUAGUAAGGUAUAUGUCAGAGUUUCCGCGGCUACAGGUGUUUCUGAACGUACUGUUCUGAACAUUGUAAAAGAAGCCAGAUUAGUGGAGCAAGGUUUGCUUGAUCCAGAGACAUUAAAAAAGACACCAAAGAAAAGAGUGCGGACUAAAGGAAAGAUUGAGGUUGAUGAAUAUGAUUUACAAGUGAUAAGGAGAAAAAUCCAUGAAUUCUAUGCAUUCAAGAAAGAAGUGCCAACAAUCAACAAAUUGCUUCAAAUUCUUAAAGAAGAGAUUAAUUUUAAAGGCUCUAGAGAAACUCUGCGAAAGAUAUUGCGUAAAAAUGGAUUCCAAUUUAGAAAAACCAAAAAUAAUAAAGAAAAAGAACCAACAACAGAAUCCACGUCAACUGUUCCUCCAAUGGUUCCACCAUACAUUCACACCAUGUUUAGCCAUAAGAAUGUUCAAUCAUAA